GCAAAAAUGAUGGCACUAAUAAUAGGAGCCACAAUCUUUAUCAACAAAAACAAGAUAGAGGCGCGUGCAGGGUCAGGCCAUGAUCUUAUCCUGUGCUUCAUUUUCUGUCACUUAUAGUUAAAUCUUCUUCAAUGGCCGGUUGUCAUGUGAGUCCUGUGAUUUUUAGAACCUUGGAUAUAAUGAAGCUUCAAAGAUUGGCUCCGCCUGAGAAUCUUUCAAGGAUGAACACCUUGAGAAUUGGUGACAGACCGCUCUGGUUUAGACCCUUCACCAUAGUUAAAGUUGGGGAACAAAACUUUGGCUCAGGCUUGGUUAAGGAUGACACACUUGCUGAGAAGAAAAGGGAGCUUUACCAGGCAGUGGAAGGAAUCAACAGGGGGAUUUUUGGACUCCCAUCUGCCAGGAAAUUUGAAAUUGAGAGUUUGGUGCAGCAGCUAGAAUCUCAGAAUCCAACUCCAGAGCCAACUCUAGAACUAGACAAGGUGGCUGGGUGCUGGAGGCUUGUUUAUAGCACAAUCACAAUUCUGGGAUCAAAGAGAACCAAGUUAGGCCUCAGAGACUUUAUCUCAUUGGAUGAGUUUUUUCAAACCAUUGACAUAGCCAAGAGCAAAGCAGUUAACGUGGUCGAGUUCAGUGCAAAGGGGUUGAGUUUGUUGUCAGGACAGCUUAGUAUUGAGGCUUCUUUCAAGAUUGCUUCAGCAACAAGGGUUGACAUUAACUUUGAAAGCUCCACCAUUAUUCCUGAUCAGUUGAUGCAUGUAUUCCGGAAAAACUAUAAUCUUCUGUUGGGCAUCUUCAAUCCAGAGGGAUGGUUGGAAAUCACAUAUGUUGAUGACACCAUGAGGAUUGGAAGGGACAACAAAGGUAAUAUCUUUGUGCUGGAAAAAAUUGAAGAUAGAAGUCGUAAUCCUCAAGGUUAAGUAGUAUUUUAUUUAGGAUAAAUGUUGGGGUGACAUAAUUUUUAAAAACUCAUACUUUGACUCAUCACUACAUCAUCAUAAGAUAGAGUGUGGAUCUUGCUUUGAUGGUGGGUUCACAGUUCACUCUUCAUCCAUCCUUUAGUGAAGGAAUAAGGAGUUAAAGAUGAGUUUAAAAAGGUUAUGUCGUCUUAACAUAACUCGAUAGGUUUGAGUUAGACAUGUAUAUUUUUAUUAAUCCAUUUUUAAGUAUUUUGUCCCCUUUUUUUUCUUGAUAGAAACUAGGGCUGAAAAUUUGUGUUAUGUUGAUUAUAAUUACUGUUGCAUUGUGAGUAUUAGUACUCACUAAUGGCCAUUUUACAGUUACCUUGUAUCAAUCAAGUCCCUUUAUAGUUAUACUUUCUUUUUCCAACUGUAAAGGGCUAACCUGAUUUACAAAUAUCCGAUGGUAUACUUUGGAAUAUUCAA